GACACCUGUUUGAAUCCUUCAAGGGUUCUAGCACUCUUAAAGUAUAGCUUUAAACGAAAUAAGCAUUGAACAGAGACAUACAGACUGCUUCAAUGUAACAAUUCUUCUUUAGACAAUAACUUAUCAGACUGGUGUUCAUCAGAAAACAAAGACAUAGACGUUGUUCGGCAGAAGAGAGAAUGUCACAUGAUUCCACCAGUGGAAAUGCGUGUUCAGGUCAGCUCCUCCACCUGCUUGUCUACCCCCUCAUAGGGGCUCUGUCCUUCACCGUCCUGGUGGUCACACUGCUGGGAAUCAUGUGUCUAAGAAAGUAUCGGUCUUUGUUACGGACAAUUCGAGAGCUACGAGGGAGUAAGUUGCAGCUGGAUGCUGUUCCUCGGCUGGAAGCUCCCAUCACGCCUGUGAGGCCAGUGCCAGCAGAGGGGGAGGAACAGCUGUCUCCACUAAAUCCCCUGCAGCAGAGCAGCACAGCCAGGUCCUCCUCCAGGAAGCUGUGGAAAGGCUUGCAGCAGGGUUCUCAUGUUACCGAGUCAGACCUGAACUUGCUCCAGCUGAUCAAAGCGGGAAAGGAGGGGGUCUUCUACAAGGCCAGGAUGACCAAAGGGACGUGCAAAGGCCACACCACAUUCACUUGCAAGAUCAGCAAGGAAGGUGUCCGUUCAAAGCAUGUGGAGACAGAGGUUUCCAUCAUGAAGAAACUGAUACACCAUAAGAACAUCCUCCAGUUGCUGGACUGGAACACCACUGAUGAGCCUUACAUUUUGAUCAUGGAGAAUGUGAGCUGUGGCACUCUGAGGACCUUCCUGCAGACCCACAAAGUCUCCCUGAGUGCAGACCCUGAGCUGCACAGCCUGCUCACCAUCGCCUCCUAUCACAUCGCUCUGGCCAUGCAGCACCUGCGCUCCAAAUUGAUUGUGCACGGCGACUUGGCUUUGAGAAACAUCAUGGUCAAUAAGUUCCCUUGGGAAGUAAAGGUCGCAGAGUUUGGGCUGGCUCGAGACUUAACCGGGAUGGUGAGCCGCCGCAGCAGCCGCUGGAAGAGCCCACGGCAGCGUGUGCCGCUGCGCUGGUACCCACCCGAGUACUUCAAGAGCAACUAUUACGGCUUCAAGGGAGACGUGUGGGCAUUUGGCAUUGUCCUGUGGGAGAUACAGACAUUUGGUACAAUGCCAUACCCUGACGUGGAGAAAUCAGACGCAGUGGUGUACUACAUCUGUAUUGGUCAUAAGAACACAAACCCUGAAGGCUGCAGACCAGAGAUACUCCAUAUCAUGCGAGAUUGUUGGCUGGACCUGUAUUCAAUGAGACCCUCGUUCACGGACGUCGUUCGCAUGUUAGAGGCCAUCAUAGAAAACGACGCGGAUUAUGUGAAUGUUGAGAGUGAUCCAUUGGUGAAAGAUGAGGCUUAAUAUCAGGAUGCUAGAUGUCUGCAGGCAGCCAGCAUCCCUUUCAGAAGAUAUAGAGGUCCUCUCUAAACACCAAGGCACCAGAAGAGGUCCCGUUCUGAACCAGUAUGUGUGUUUAACUCCCAGGGAUUGAUAGAGUAAUUCUAUCCCUAUAAUUUAAAGGCUACAUUUAUCUGUUUGGGGACAUAUUUCAUGCUGUGUCUGAAAUAAACUGUAAGAUGAUGAACAGACAGUAUGGUAAAUGAUGUACAGUUGAAACCAGGAGUUUACAUACAUUGUGCAAAAAGACACAACACUUUUUUCUCACCAUCUGAAGUUAAAUCAGUUCUCCUGUUUCAGGUCCGUUAGGAUUACCAAAAUAAUUUAAUUUAACUUUUGCUAAAUGUCACAAUAAUGAGAAACAGAAAAUUUUAGAGAAUUUUUCAUUACUUCGGGGAAAUCGGGGAGAGAAUUGUGGAGCUCCACAAGUCUAGUUCAUCCUUGUGUGUAAUUUCCAGAUGCUUGAAGGUACCACGUUCAUCUGUGCAAACAAUUAUACGCAAGUAUAAACAUGGGAAUGUUCAACUGUAUGUACAUCACACCGCUCAGGAAGGAGACGGGCUCUGUGUCCCAGAGAUGAACGUGUUUUGGUCCGACAUGUGCAAAUCAACCCCAGAACAAAAGCUAAAGACCUUGUGAAGAUGAUGGCUGAAGUGUCAUUAUCCACAGUAAAACAAAAAAAAGCCAGAUUACAGUUUGCAAAAAGACACCAAGACCUUCACUUCUGGAGACAUGUCCUGCGGUCUGAUGAAACUAAAGUGGAGCUGUUUGGCCAUAAUGACCACCGUUACAUUUGGAGGAAAAAGGGGAAAGCUUGUAGACCUGAAAACACCAUCCCAACUGUGAAGCAUGGAGGUGGCAGCAUCAUGUUGUGGGGCUGUUUUGCUGCAACAGGAACUGGAGCGCUUCAUAAAAUACACGGCAUCAUGAAGAAAGAACAUUACCUGGAAAUAUUAAGACAACAUCUCAGGACGUCAGCCAGGAAGCUAAAACUUGGGUGCAAAUGGGUCUUCCAAGUGGACAAUGACCCUAAGAAUACUGCCAAAAUAGUUAAAAAGUGGCUUGAGGACAACAAGGUCAAUGUCUUGGAGGGGCCAUCACAAAGCCCUGACCUGAAUCCCAUCGAAAGUUGGGGGCAGAUUUGAAAAGGCAUGUGUGAGCGAAGCGGCCAACAAACCUGACUCAGUUACACCAGUUCUGUCAGGAGGAAUGGGCCAGAAUUCCAGCAUGCUACUAAAUACUAAGGAACCGUAUGUAAACUUUUGACCUUGAAGAAAGUAAAGAAACAUUCUCAAAUAUUCUUUGUCAUUAUUGUGACAUUUAGUAAAAAUUCGAUAAUCUUAACGGACCUGAAACAGGAGCGGUUGAGUCUGAUUUAACUGCAGACAGUGAGAAAAACGUUCUGUCUUUUUGCACAGUGUAUGUAAACUUCUGGUUUCAACUGUAUGUACAUACAUGUAUGUCAUUUUUGUCAUGUUCUGUUUCUUCUUUUACUUUGUAAAUCUUCAUAUUAUCUUAGAUAUAUACUUUUUUUUUAAUCUACCUUUUUUUAAACUAUUGUUUGGUAAUUCAAAUAUAGCGUUGUGUAUUAAUUACCCUACCCAAAAGUAGAACACAUCAAAACACAUUCUUGACAACGUAUUAUCGGCAAAACAGAAAUUACAUUUCACCACUAUGCAUUCCAAUGACAUCUAUACAACAUCUGUCCAUAUAUACCUUAUAAGUAAUGUAUUAUUAAAUGGAUUUAAUGGAUUGAAUAAUUACAUUAAUGGAUAA